CUCCUUCCCAUCACUGUCCACCUAAUUGAGCUGCUGAGAGAGUAAAGGAAAAAACAAAAAACCCUAUAUUCAUUUUAGGGUUUUAUUUUUUAUUUUUGAAAGAAUCAUUUUGAGAAGCAAAGAAAGAAAUGGAGGUCUCUGAAUGAGAAAAAAGGAGAAUAGUUAUUUUGCAAGUUAUUUUUCUUCAGCCUAAGCAGCCCUAAACCAGAGCAAGAAGGAAUCAUCAUUAAUGGGGCCGUCUAACGGCAAUUGCGAAAUAGUCGAGGUGAAAUACGAGCCGAGCAGAGAGCAGAAGCCUCCCCUCGUAAAACAACCGUACAGCAAAUAUUUAAGAGAAGACAUCAACAAGCUUUUCGAGUCCGUCAAUCUUCGGGCUUCCAAAAGCCUCAAUCUCACGGUGGACUGGCCCAAAAACGCAUCCAAGAAGCCCAUCAAGCCCGUGGGCUCUCAUUCUCCGGGCCCUGGAUUUUCCGAGCCCGUCUCACUAAAACAAGCCCUGAGGGGAAUGUGCAUUUCCCAGGCGGCAGAGAUGGCUGCCGUCAAGCGGCUAUCAAUGCCGGCUUCUCCUAGGGUUUCGGAAGCUCGAAAAUCGACAAACUUGUGUGGGCCCGGAGCUGAGAGUGCUCCGAGUUCUUCCGGAAGGUUAGCUAUGGCCAAUCAGAGUCUUGAAUGUGUAUCUCGUGUGGAAGGAGAAAAUGGUCCGGGUUUUCAAGAGCCUAAUCAGAGUUCAUGUUCUUUGACUGCAGUUGUAGUGAAUAAUAAGGAGAAGAAAAAAAGGCCGAAAGCUGUGAAUGAUACAGAUACUAGUAAUAACAUGUCGAAUAAGGUAAAUGGCCCGAGUAAAACUGUGAACAAGGCGCCACCUAAGGUAAAACGGAAACCGAUGUUACAGAGUACACCCUCGUCUAGUUCAGCGAAAAGCAAUAAAGAUACGAAGUCAACUCGAACCACUUCACGCACGGUCAAACCCGUCGUGAAAAACAAGACCCUCGUUGUAAAAAAACCAAAUAAAGUAACAAUAUCCACCGGUAAAAAUCCAGAAAAACCGCACGAGGAAAAAAGCAAGAGCCCGAGCCAAAAUCCCACACCGUUAAUCUGCCAAAAAUGCCAGUGUUCUAUGGAGAACACAAGUAAAGAGCCCACCAAGGAUUUAUCUCAAAGCUCGAAAAGCAGCAUUGGCGAUUUUAGCAGCAGCACAACAAGCGUCAGUGAAGACAACAGCCUAAACGGGAUCACGUGCUGUAGGCCACAUAUGUUAAAGGACACGAAAUGGGAAUCAAUUAACCGAAUAAGAAAGCAAGAUGGUUUCUUGGGGCUGAGUCAUUUUAACCUGCUCAGAAAGCUUGGCUCGGGGGAUAUAGGUACUGUGUAUUUGGCUGAGCUGAUUAGCACAAACUGCAUUUUUGCUAUUAAAGUUAUGGAUAACGAAUUCUUAGCGAAAAGGAAAAAGACAGGGAGGGCUCAGACAGAGAGGGAGAUUCUUAGAAUGCUCGACCACCCUUUUUUGCCUGCGCUUUAUGCGCAAUUUACUUCAGACAAUUUAUCGUGCUUGGUUAUGGAGUUCUGUCCGGGUGGAGAUUUGCAUGUCCUCAGGCAGAAGCAGCCUGGGAGAUAUUUUCAUGAACAGGCUGCAAGAUUCUAUGUAGCCGAGGUCCUUCUCGCCCUCGAGUACCUUCACAUGCUCGGCAUAAUCUACCGAGACCUCAAGCCCGAAAACAUCCUCGUCCGUGAAGACGGCCACAUCAUGCUCACGGAUUUCGACCUCUCCCUACAAUGCUCGGUCAACCCAACCCUCGUCAGGUCAACCGGUCCAUCCCUCGACCCACCCCGCAUCUCGGGCCCGUGCGCGGGCUCCAACUGCAUCGACCCCUUCUGCGCCGGGCCCUCGUGCCAACUCUCUUGCUUCGGCCCGAAAAUUCUACCCGGCGCUGCCCGGGCCCGUAAGCUGCAGGCUGAAGCCCACGCACGGGCCCGUUCCCUUCCUCAGCUCGUGGUCGAGCCCAACAAGGCCCGGUCCAACUCAUUCGUGGGGACCCACGAGUACUUGGCUCCCGAGAUCAUCAAGGGCGAGGGGCACGGGAGUUCGGUCGAUUGGUGGACGUUUGGGGUUUUACUGUACGAGCUUCUGUACGGAAGGACGCCGUUCAAGGGGUCGUGCAAUGAGGAGACUCUGGCAAAUGUGGUGUUGAAGGGCCUGAGGUUCCCGGAAAGCCCGAUGGUGAGCUUCCAGGCCCGGGAUCUGAUCCGCGGGCUUCUGGUGAAGGAGCCCGAGAACAGGCUGGGGACUGAAACUGGGGCUGCUGAGAUUAAGAAGCACCCGUUUUUCGAGGGGCUGAACUGGGCUUUGAUCCGGUGUGGGGCACCGCCUCAGGUGCCGGAGUUCUGUGACAACAAGUAUUUGGAAUUCGAGUUGUUCUGAGGGGUUAAUAAGCUUUUUUUGCAACAGAAUUGAGACUUGGUGUUGUUCACUACCAUGAAAGCGGUGUUUUCUCUGUGCUUUAAGCUCACAGCUGUAUGAACAUCGUUUCAUGCUCCGGCUGGUUCAUUACCGGCCCGAGUUUAGUGUCGAGUUCUAGAUCAAUUCUGGCAAUAAUCUUACAGCUUUUCUGACCUUAUUGAAGUACUGAGGUUGUUAGGGAAAACAAUAGUUAUGAUAAAAUAAUUGUCCCAAGGGAAUGCCAUGAUAUUUGUGAUCAUUGGGCAUGAGUCAUGAUGGAUUCAUGGCUUUUCUGUUUGUUUGAUCGGCAGAAUCAUGUAUAAAAGAUAGGUGAUAAUACGAGUGCAUGAAUGCCUCAACAGAAUUUUUUAAAAGGUCGUUAAAAAUUGGUGAUGAUUAUGCCCAAAAACUUAGGUUGGUCUAAAUUUGUGAUUAAGAUGCAAAAAUUAAUGCAACUUUGCCUAAGUUUUAGUUUUGCUUGUUAAAGCUUGAAAACAGGAGUAACUACAUGAUUUUACUAAAAAAAAAAAAGGUUAAGCCAUGAGUGUAUUCAACCUAAAAACACUAAUCAAAAAAUUAAAUUUAAUU